GGCCGCAGGGCCGCGGGCCCGGAGGGACCGGGAGUGGCCGGGACGCGAGCCGUGGGCGCGUCUGUGCCCAGACGGCGGCGGCGGCGGGAGCCGCACGCGCGUCCCGGCCUCUGUCCCCGCGGCGCCGCGGCCCCGGCCCCCUGCCCGCCCGGCCAUGCCGUCGCCCGCGCCGCCCACUGUGCUGCUGCCGUCGGAGCGCGCCGUGGUGCUGCUGUCGUGCGUGCUCUCCGCGCUCGGUUCGAGCCUGCUGGUGGCCACGCACGCCCUGUGGCCCGACCUGCGCACCCGGGCCCGACGCCUGCUGCUCUUCCUGUCGCUGGCGGACCUGCUCUCGGCCGCCUCCUACUUCUACGGGGUGCUGCAGGACUUCGCGGGCCCCUCGUGGGACUGCGUGCUGCAGGGCGCGCUCUCCACCUUUGCCAACACCAGCUCCUUCUUCUGGACCGUGGCCAUCGCCCUCUACCUGUACCUCAGCAUCGUCCGCGCGGCGCGCGAGCCUCGGGCCGGCCGCCUGCUCUGGGCCUUCCACGUCGUCAGCUGGGGCGUCCCGCUGGUCAUCACCGUAGCCGCUGUCGCUCUAAAGAAGAUCGGCUAUGACGCGUCGGACGUGUCCGUCGGCUGGUGCUGGAUCGACCUGGAGGCGGAGGACCGCCUGCUGUGGAUGCUGCUGACCGGGAAGCUCUGGGAGAUGCUGGCUUACGUCACGCUGCCCGUGCUCUACUUCCUCAUCAGGAAGCACAUAAACAGGGCGCACGAGGCGCUGUCGGAGUACCGGCCCAUCCUCUCGGAGGCACACCGGCGGCAGCGCCACGCCGCCGCGGCCGACAAGAAGCUGAUCCUCAUCCCUCUCGUCUUCAUCUGCCUCCGGGUCUGGAGCACCGUGCGGUUCGUCCUGACCCUCUGUGGCUCCCCGGCCGUGCGGUCACCGGUGCUGGUCGUUCUGCAUGGUAUCGGGAACACGUUUCAGGGCGGCGCCAACUGCAUCAUGUUCGUCCUCUGCACCCAGGCCGUCCGGACUCGGCUCUUCUCCCUCUGCUGCUGUGGCUGCUUCUCCCAGCCUUCUGCCGAGAGCCCGGCUGGCCCUCCCAAGGCUCCUGCAUCCUCCAAGACAGGAGAAUCUCAGGGAUCCAGACAUACCCCGGAUGAACUUCCAAGCACCUGAGCUUGCCCCUUCCUGGUUCUGUGCACAGGUGCUGCCUCCCUGGGGACACAUGCUUCUGUGAGUCCCAGCCGCAGAGAGUGGGGGCAGGCACCCACUGGUGCUUAAAGCCUUCUGCUUUUGAAGCUCUUGACCCCCCUUGUGGGGGAGCAGCCACAGACUCAGCUGCUUCUACCUCCUAGACCCUCAGGUGGCACAGCCCCACUCCCACCUGUGUCCUGCUGCACGCAGGGGCACUUGCCUGCAUGAGGGUCGGCAGUGAGAUCGGUACGUGAUCACUGUCAGGUUGCCUACCACAGGGCCUUUGCACUAGCUGUUCCCACAGCUGACCACACAGCACUGUUUACAAUUCGAGGGACCCACACCUAGGGGAAAAGCACAAAGAGAUAUAUAUAUAUAUGUAUAACAUACACCCAUCCUAAAUAAAAUGCCAGGGAUUACCACCCCAGGUGCGUCCCCCAGUUAGAUGUCUCGAAGCUGAUUUUUGGUUUGUCAGAACAUUGAGAUUGCCCAGAGAGCCCAGCUUUUCUUGGAUAGCUUUGCUGGCCAGCAAAAGAGCCAGUUCCCUUUAACUAGGUGGAAGGUUCCCAUGAGGUUUCUGGGUAUCUGGUCUCCUUGGGACGUCCAGAUCCAACCCUCGAUGCAAAUUGCACUUGACUUGCCAGUCUAGGCUAGAACCCAGACUCCUGCCUGCCUCCACCAGUCUCUUUAAUACCCAGUUCCCUUCUCCUUCGCGAGAGCUGGAACAGAGACAGGAAGAGGCAUUGCAGGGAGUCCCAGUGGAUGUUGGAUGCCUCCUAAAGACUGGACAGGUGAGCUGGGGAGGGAUUUGGCUGAUUCACUUCCUGGCUUCGUUUUUCCUAGGCAGGGUGACCAGAGAGUUGGUGAAUGACCCAAAUAACAGAUUCCUCCAGAAGGUGAAACUUUGGGGAGUGGGUUGGGUGAAGUGACACACGCGUCAUGGGGUGAUUAUUUACAUUUAAAAGAAAAGGAUCAAAAAUAAACCCGUAUCUCUAUAGUCAUGGCUCUUCCACCAACAUUUUCCUGUUCCUUCAGAAAAACGUUUCUCUAUUAAGUCACAGAAGCCACUGGCUAAGGCGGCAGGUGUUAGUGUCGCGGCAGGCGGCUUGGGGAGGGAGAGUACAACUUCAGCCUAUCCAUGUCCCUCCCCUGGGUUCGGUCAGAGCUCUGCCAAACCGAAGUGAUCUUCUGAACCAGUAAGACGUUUCCGGAUUAAAACCAGCGCCACCAUACUGUGGAUCCCCAUUUUAUUCUCCAAACCAAAAUCUGUCACAGGAAGAGAGUCUGAAAGAAAGAGUUGUCAACAGAGCUAUAUCCAAAAUGCUCAUUUUUGGUUUCCUUUUUUUUAAGUUUUCUUUAUGAAAAUCAGCAAGCGGUGAUCAUCCCUCUUACGACUCACGGUAAGCCCUGGGCGGCCCUACAGAAAGCUACUUGCUGGUAGGCCGAGCUCCUUUUUUUUUUUUUUUAAGAUUUUAUUUAUUUGUUU